AUGAACCUAUUUGGGACUCUGGUUGUCACUCUCUGUGCCAUCUUUCUUCUGAUUAAUCUUCCAGAUGAAGACAGUGUUGAGCCCGUGCACGAUCUGUUGCUCAAUUAUCAGAAAGAGGCGCUGAAAUCACGCUACGGCGAUGCGCGAACACUGAAUCAUAGCGAGACAAGAGGCAUCUACAAUUCGGUGCUUUCAGAAGCGCAUAAAGCCAUCUUCAAUUCAGACGAGGAUGCUGACCGAAGGGCAUACACGUGCUCAAGGAUUCGGUUUCAAGCUCGUCAAUACGCACGGUCUAGAGACGGGACGUACAAGGGGCCUUUGAUAGAAAUCGCGUUGCAGCUACGUGACGGGUAUGUGCACGGUGUCAAAUAUCUACACGUGGGAUUGCAAAAAGAUUUGUCGUAUUCGCUGGCGCUUCAGAGGCCAACUCUUCUUCAUACGGCGAUGGUGGUGAAACAAACAUACUACUGCUUGGCACCAACGCUGAGCGGGGGAGAAUGUCCGUCAUACGCCUUCCUUCGGGUUAUCCGAGAUAAAAGCGACAUUGACAUUCUCGAAUCUUGCGUGAGAAGCAACAAGGGGUUCAAUGGUGUGUAG